GGUUACCAGGAGUCUGUUAAGUCAGUUGGUGGAUUCUCUGCUGGGCAUCAGAUGCAGAGCAUCUGUCUUCUCCAUCCCAGGUGGGAUCAGAAGGCAAUUUGCUGACAUUGUGAGAAAAACUCUGGACUGAGUGUACAGGUUUGGAAGAACAUCAUUCUCUGACUCUGAGAAAUCAGAGCUUUGUAGCAGUGUGCUACCUAAAGGAACCCAAGGGAUUGAUUGCUGUAGCUUCCCUGACAUUCUUUUUUCAGUGUCUGCUUGCUUUUCCAGUGGUUUUAGAUCACGAAACGCCAUGAGCACAAGGCAGCCGAAGCACUGUGGGGAACCAGUUGAUUCCAGACAAGCUCGGAAACGAAGAAUGCUGGUGGCUUCUAACACAGGUGGAGCCUCAGAAGCAGAGCCAGUAGACCCCAGAGAAAGUGCUGUUGAAGAAGUCAUAGAUCUCACAGAUAGAUCUUCUGAGCCUGAAGUCAGUGACCUAACUGAUGAUAAUUCAGUUGUGCAGUGGCAGCAGAGCCAGCAAUACCCACGUUUUUUCAGAGCAGCAGAUAAUUCAGCAGUGCUACUGAUGAGUGACAAUGAAGAGGAACAAGGAGAUUACGAUGACAUAUGGCCAGCAGGCCCUGCAAGUUCUCUGUUUUGGGUGGAUGAGGACUCAGAGGAGCAGAGCCAGCAAUACCCACGUUUUUUCAGAGCAGCAGAUAAUUCAGCAGUGCUACUGAUGAGUGAUGACGAAGAGGAACUAAGAGACAAUAAUGGCACAUGGCCAGCAAGUCUAUUUAGUUCUCUGCUUUGGGUGGAUGAGGACUCACAGCAGUGGCAGCAGAGCCAGCAAUACCCACGUUUUUUCAGAGCAGCAGAUAAUUCAGCAGUGCUACUGAUGAGUGACAAUGAAGAGGAACAAGGAGAUUACGAUGACAUAUGGCCAGCAGGCCCUGCAAGUUCUCUGUUUUGGGUGGAUGAGGACUCAGAGGUAAGGAUCCACAUGUCAUCCUUUCUGCUUUGUGGGAGGGGGAGAGGGAGAGCUGUGCAACUCUUGUCUUAUGUGGGAUGCUAUGGUGUACAUAGAGGGAGAAACCCUUUCCACGAUGGCAGUGGAUUCCUUAUAGUUCUAGCAGUGACUGACAGAUUGCAGAUACUCCAGACUGCAGAUCUUGUUUGCUUGAUGCCAACAGAGCAGCCAACAGGAAUUCUUUCCUCCCAGUCCCUGUUGUGGUUUCCUUUCUUCAGCAGCUGUUAUCUUACACAAAGUGUUUGUGGCUAUCACAGCUGAAUUUGCCUAUUUGGGCAAGAAAGAGGGAAACAAACACCUCCAGCCUAAAUCCAGCUAGGGAACUGAAGCAGGGGAGCAGGGAGGGGGGUGUUCAGGUUCUUCCUAUAUUGCCUUUAUUUCUACCCCACUGCAGCAGUGGAAGGAGAACCUACAGGACCCACUUAUUUAUUUGUUUUCGGCACAGCAGCUGAUUGACUCCUGUUUUGAACAUUCUUACCCAAGAUAAGAGGGCAAUAACCAUUUAUUCCUCACUGUAACUGCAUUGCUGAACUGCUGUUUGCAUGCAACAUCAGGAGUUCACAACAACAUCUAAUUGUAUUUUCUUUUCUCUCCCUUCGCAUAUGUAUUGAUGAAGCUUCUUGAAGGUGAGUUAAUGUUUUACAGUUGAUAAUGGAAUUGUCUUAAAUUUAAUCAUUAUUUUUUGUUUGUCUUUUCCAAGAAACUCUAGCAGCAGGGAUUGAAACUGUUAGCAAAAGGCAAAGGACAGUGCUAAAGCCUCUGGCCAGUGGCUUAGAGAAAGCAUCCAAUCUUUGUCUGGAAGCCACUCUCAGACACAGUGGAAAGUCCUUGCAAUAAAAGUUGUAGCUGAAUACUUAUGCAGGAAGAAAUUUUAAUUUGGUGAAACUUUCUGUACUUGUAAUUGGUUAGUACUUGAUUAUUGUUACAUGGACACUGGAGUAGCAGAGAUCAUUGUUACCUGCAGUUUCUGAGAGUUAAAAAUCAAACAGCAGUUCUUAACUCUCUGGAUUUUACAGACCAGGCCAUUAAAAAUUGGUUUCCCUUGAAACUGGGCAAUAUAACUCCAUUUUCAAGUUACCUUAACUCAGGAGGGAAAUGAUUACAAUUUCUAAGGAAACACUGCUUCAAGUCUUUUUAUAAUUUCCAAGGAUUGUCCUUAACAAGACACAUUGGAUAGAAACUUCCUUUGAGUGGUGAGGUCUGGUUUAAUGCAGACGAAAAGAGUGCAACGGUUUAGCAUCAUACAGCAAUGAGGAAGCACAGCACCUCUAGAAUGAACAGUUUUAGAUUUAAGCACCUCUUCUGUCCCUUAUGAAACUUUCUGAACAAAGCACUCUGUUUUUCCAGGCUUUUUUGUUGUGUAUGUGCUAAGUUGCUGUGCUCCUUCGAAACUUGACUGCAGACCUCUCUCUCCCCCAUCAGACAGCAAUUGUUGCCCUUCCUCACCACAGGAUCGCAGCAGACUCUGUUAGUAAAAAUUGGGGAAGGAGCUUCCCUUUAUAGGGCAAAUUUAUUUACAGGUAGUGCAACUCUAUGGAACUUAAGACACUGAGAGUCUCUCAGGUCAUAUUUUUAGCCGUCUGUAGAGUGAACAGAGCAAAUGUUUUGUGUCAGUCUGUAGCAGAAGAGUCACAAUGUCUGGAAGGGUUCAGCCUUAAUAUUUAGGAAACUAAUUUGUUUAAGACUGCUUUUAACCCAGCUGAAUAGGAACCAUUACAGACUAUUUAUAAUAAUACAUUUCAAGCAUAGUUUCAGGGAGAGAGAGAAUAAUAGAUCUAACUUAUCAAAAUUAAAUUACAGAAUAUGAAGAGCAAAGGAGAAACGUUACACUAAGAAGCCAGCGACAGUCAGACAGCUCUGUACUGGGUAGCAAUGAUGAAGAUGAAGCGAUAGAUAAUGAUGUGGCAUGGCCAGAGGGUACCAUUAGGUGUCCGAUUUGCAUGGAUUUUUACUCAGAGAUUCUGCAAAGUGAACGACUGUUUUUGUCAACCCAGUGUGGCCAUGUCUUCUGCAGUCAGUGCCUCCCUGUUGCCCUUGAGACUGCCAACACGUGUCCAAUCUGCAGGACAGAACUCACUCAUGAACAGUAUCAUUCCAUUUAUAUAUGAGCACUUCUAUUUCUCAGGACAGACUCAGAUGGAUCUUGAGGGAUAGGCCAUGUAAAGACCUUUUCCUUCAUGUAUAUAGUUAUUCUUGUGUAUAGUUCCAUUUUUCCUGAAUUUAAUUAUAAAUAAAGUAUUGAUUAACUUAAAGAUA